UGUGUGCGCUAUUGGCGCUAUUAUCGCAUUGUACAGAUUUUUUAAACCCAUGCGCUUGACUUUUUCGUUAUUUGCCCGAAAAAAACUUUCUAGCUACUAUGAAGAAUAGUAAAAGUGGAAAUGAAAAAAAUUAAGCUUGUUACUACAUUGAUAUCUGCAAAUGGCAUUAUUAAAAAUUGAAAUUAAAGUUACACAACCUCCGCGUGACCUUUCAUAACCUAGCUUUUUGCGGUGCUAACUACUCUUCAAUUAAUUGUGAAUAAAUAUUUGCUAGUUGUGUGAAAUUUCGUAGACUUUCAUAAAACCAGAGAAACCGAUAUAUCAAUAACGAAAUGGCUCAAACAAUGAAAAGUUCAUUAAGAAUGUCGAUGGCAAUGCGAAAUUUGGGAACAUUGACAAAUUACACAGCGACCAAACAAUUCUCUCGAAUGUCUGCGCAUUGUUUGUCGAACUUUGAUAAAGAAUCACUGGUUUUACCGAGGCCAAUGCUCUGCAAAGAAGAAGUUCCAGCAUCAAUUACAAGAUCUUUGCGAUUAUCAUUGAAGGAUAGUAAAACGCCUGAACAAAUUUUUUACAUAGUAAAAAAGAAUAAGAACAUCAUGACGGAGAUAGAGGUGAUAAUAGCAUUUAACAAAUUGGUGGAUACAUCAAAAAUCAUAGAUAAAUCAGAAAAAAUGUAUGAAAAUGAAGGGUUUCUAAUUCUAUGUGAGUUAUUGAAACAAAGAAUGAGAAGCCUGGAUGGCACACAAUGCCUGAAUGCUUUCAAAGCAUUAAUGUAUUUCAAUGUCCCCACAACGAGCAUCAUUGUUCAAAUGAUUCUACAAAUGCUGCGCCGCAAUCUGAACACAUUGAGGCUUGACGAACUCAGCUUUUUUGACUUCAUAUUACAAAAAUGCAGCAGAACACCACUUGUCAUGGCACUCAUGGAAGCAGUGCCAAUUGUCUACGAAACUAAGCUGGCUACGGAACUUGAUCGUGACAAUAUCAUUAAAAUGAGAAACGCUUUGUCAUAUUUAAGUAGAAAAUCGGCAAAAGAGGAAUCUUACAACAUUAUUAUUCACGCGUUAAUGGAUCGCAAAGAACUCAUAGAUCCUGAUUUGGCUCAUACCAUUCUGUGGGGACUUUGCAGACUGAACGAAUAUCCGAGUGAAUUACCAGAAAUCCUCAAGUACAUACAAGACAUACUCACUGAAAAUAAUAAGCACAUUCAUGAACACUUAAUGUUGGAUUUGUUGUCAAGAAUUGUAUCGAAAGUGAAAUCAGGAAAACUUUUUUUUUAUCACGAAGGUUUCAUUGAUGCAUGUGCGUCGAGAGCAAUAUCUGAAGAUUGGAGUUUGACAAACUUGUUAACUCUUCUCUUGUAUGUGAAACAACUCAGUCACGUGCAAAUAUCACUUUUGGAUUUCAUCGCAGGAAAGUGUUUCGAGAAUCAAAAAUUAUUGGAGACUUGCUCGUCCGUGAAUAUUGCCGAUCUCGUGGAUGGCUUCGCAAUGGCCGAUUAUAAACCAAUUUUCUGGGACGUCGUGCAAGAAGCGAUCACGAGUGACCGUAUCCUCGAGGCAAAGGAGUCCACGUUUCCCUUGUCGAAGCUGUCACUUGAUUUGUUAGCGCUAGACGUAUACUGCCCGAAACUUUUGAAAAAAACUUUUGAAACCUACAUCGCAAACACACCUAGCCCUUGGGAAAAAAAAAGGAUUUCACUUUUGUACCAAGUUGUCAAAACACUUUAUCCUCAAUAUUCUGGCCCAUUCCCGGACGUUUCGGAGUUUGAUUUUAGCCAACCUCUCGGUGAUUUUCCUCUCCUCUCUUCCCUUGAAGCUGCAGUCGGUGGUUCAACCUAUGUUAUCUCCAAUAUCAGAACGAAACUUGGUCACGUUAUUGAUCACGCUGUGGUGUUGCGCAAAGGAGGUUUCCCAGUUGCAGUAAAUAGAGAUGGCGUAAAAACCGAAGAACUUCCGGCAAUCCAGUUAGAAGAUAUUAAACCACCCGUUGACAGUCGAGUAAUUCUCAUUUUAUAUCUUUCUCACCACGCAUACUCGUUAAAUACGCAAAGAAUAAAGGGAACCUGGCGAUUACAAAUAAGAAGUUUGGAAGCUUUCACGGGAUACACAGUUGUGCCGAUCGGAUCAGUUAUAUGGGGCAAUCUCUCAGCAUCCCAGAAAAUUCCUUACCUCAUGCAGGCGAUCAGACUCAGAUGUGACGAGCAUUCUCUUUAUGCCAAUUCGUGAGAAACUAUAUUGUUUUUCGUCAACACCGAAACCAUUCGAAAAUUGUAAAAAUAAGAAAUGUCGUGUGGUCAAACAAAAUAUAUUAGUCGUAACCAUUGAAUGCAAA